AAAGAAAGCUCCACAAACACAGCCAAAAGUUACAAAGGUCGCAAGCAAACUAUCCGGGCAGCCCAAACCCAUGUCAAGUGAAUCGUCGAAAGCUGAUAAGAAACCCGAGUCGAGGAGAUCAGUGACAAGCUCUGUUUCCACAACGACAAGCUCCGCAUCGGCUACAAGUAGAGUAAUAAGUGAAAUUCACUUUGAAAGAUCUUCAAGUCCAGCAUCAAGCUCAAUAUUUUAUGAAAGUCAUCCUCAAGGCGAUAAUAGUCGCUCCACAACGCCUAGACCUAGGGUGAAAACAGAUGUCACUAAAAUACCAUACAACAGCUCAGCUCGCUCCGCAAGUCCGUCAACUAAAGCCACAACAGCGAAAACAACUAUCGUAAGAAAGGAUGUUAGCAAAAACGCAAAAGUGGUUAAUAUAAAAAUGAAAAAAGAGACCACCUCAAAGACAAAAAUUGUCGAAGAAAAGCGAACAAAAACGCCAACUCCAUCUACCACCACACACCGAUAUAUGCAGCCAACAUUAGCUCACAGUAUGCGUUACGGCCGGAAUGCCGAGAACGAAAGCCGAAGUGUGACUCCGGCUCCAGCUAAAUCACCAGCACCGCCAAAAUCUCCAGCUCCGACACAAACCAAUCGACAAAGUGUAUAUAAGACAAAGAAUGUGACAAGUGCCUUGACAAAAAACUCGUCAAUAGAUCAAAAACAAAAGAAAUUGAGUACAGAAAAGCCUUUAGUUUUGACCAAAAGAGGCUCCCACACAGAUAGUAAGGAGUCAUUAAAGAGUACGGAUCGCCUUUACAAAAAACAAACAUCCAAAGAGAAUAAACAAACAAACGUGAUAGGCUCCAAGAGCCAAAUAACUAAAAGCAUGAAGACACAAUCAGCUAAUGCAACUAAAUCCAUUGUCUACAGAACUUCCAUAGAAUCUGAUAACAAAAGUCUACAGAAGAAAACUACAACAACUAUGCAACAACGCACCAAAGUUCCAGUUAGCUUGUCUUCCGUAACACCAAAAACUUCAUCUAAGCUAAGCAACAAAAGUGAUGACACCGUUUUAAAACCUCAGAUAGACAAUAAGAAAAUCGUUAGGAAGACAGUGAGCAAAGUGAGCGAGGGAAGUAGCAAAAACAUACGCAGUUCCAUAGAGCCCAAACUUCAAAAACAGAUGAAAGAUACAAUGAACGAGUCGAGCACUUCAGCCAGUGGCAGUACCAGUGCCAGUGGCUCCUCCAGCAGCACUAGACGCAGCGUUCGUUCCGUGACGGUCAGUCGUAAGACUGACAAAGAGAAGACCAAUAUGAAGCUAUCAGCAGAGCAGAAGGUUACCACAUCAACAUCGACAGUGCGCGUUCACAAGGCACCGACGGCCACAACCGGCGCGGUUAGCACCGUGCUCGUUGAUGACGACUCCGAGGUGAUAACCAUACGAUCAAUUAAAUCAAGUGAUAGUACAAAAAGCUCUACCUCAUCAUCCUCUGGUAGCGGCAGCAACAGUCGCAAGGUGCUAACCAGCGAGGUUUUCACUAAGACUUUCGGCCCCGACAAACCCCUAGAAGUAAUCUACCGCCAGCCCGAUUUUGAUGGAGAGCACCAUUCAUCGAUUGGCAUGCGUCCGCAAUCCACAAAUGAACAGCAGCGCUAUGUUAACGAAUUCGAUGUCAGCUUUAUUGAUACCACCGAUUCCAGUCUCUCCGACUCUGUUGCACUGCCCAUGUUUGGCGCUGGUGAUCCCGAGCGCUUGCAGGCCGCCAGCCCCGGCUCCCCAAAGCCAACUCGUAGUCCCUUAGCCUUAAUUGAGGAAACAUUGCGGCGCCACCAUCAGCACCAGCAUGCUCAUGUAGGUUCAUCGGGCAGUGCAGUAGAAUCAUCGCAACAAUUGCAUGUCGAGAGCGGCAGCAUUGUGGCGGUGAGUGAGAGUCGUCAAAAGAAAGAGACGGAGAAAUACUGCACAACCAAAGAAGGCCUUACGAACACAACAAUUGCCCCAACCAUUCUGCAUACAGAGAAUAUCUGUCAUACUUUUGGUGAUCUUAAAGUUGGUGAAGGUGAUGAUGGCGACGAUGUUAAUCGUGUGGCACGCAUACGCGAGGAAGCCAAAAUUCUAGUCGAUAAUGUGCUCGAAGAGAGUGUCGAUUUCAUUGAAGGCCAUGGGGAUCAGCCCAAUGGCCACGAUUUCAUAAAGCACGAAUACAAUUCUGAGAGUGAGAAUUAUGCCAUAACAUGCGACGAUAUUGUCGGCGUUGAUGUCAUCAAAUCGCCAACUAUUGAGUCCAUGUCGGGCAAAUCAUUCGAUGAUAAUAUGAGUUUCACAGAUGAGCACAUUAAUUUACCCUUGCAUGCCCAAAACAUAACAGCAACAACUACAACAACAACAGUAACAACGCAAUUCCAACAACAACAACAACAACAGCAACAGCCACUUGCCUCAUCGACAGCAAAAGAAACAGGCGGCGAUUUACCAAUCUCAACCGAUACCACUCCUAUACCACCGUCGGCUGUUGUCACAACAACAACAACAACUAAAACAGCAGCUGAAACGGUGGUCGAAACCAAUACAUUCACGACCACCAGUCAAGACACACCCACACCAAAACCUCGCGUACUCAAAGCAAGCCCGCCCGACUCCAUCUCCGAAGGCACAGAUAGCACCACCAUUCCAAAUCAAGUUCUGCAAUCAGACAUACCGAUCGAUAUAAAUAUUGAUGCAUCUGCACCAGUUCCGAAGCCCCGUGCUCCUAUUAAGCACACAGAUCAGUUUGAGAAUCUGGCAGCAUUGGGCGAGCAAUCCGACAGCAUUAGCCUACGUAGUUUCGAUUUUACAGAGGAUAUUUCCAAAACAGACGAGCCCUCCACAGAGCUGUCCAUCCGUUCGCAGCUAAGGGAUAUUGUCACAACAACAACCACAACUGCAUCUGAGGAUCACACUGAAAGCUUCGAGCCAACCAGCGAAAUUUCAGUAGACGAAGCAGACACUGAAAAAUCUGAAGGUGUCGAGAAGACAACAAGCUUUUACAUUGGCGAAUCAAGCCGAAAUGUAAUCACGAAAACCUUUACGAAAUCCCCUAGUAUGACGCCGCAGGACGAAGAGCCGAAGACAGAAAUGACCGAGAUCGAAGCAAAGGAUAUAUGCCUUAUGAAGGAAGUCUCAGUUGAUUCAGAUGAAGCUAAUGACGCCUUUAAGGAAUACGUAACUAUGAAACCCGAUGAUUCAGUUGCUUUGGAUAGCAAAAUAAUUAGACAAAGCUCGGAAACUAGAAAUGAUAUCCUGGAAUUCGAAAAUGCUGAAAAAGAUAAAACCACCGAAGCUAAGUUGUCUAAAGUAACCACCGAAGAAAGCUUAACCACGUCGACCGGCUCUAGUGGUCGUGCGGUUAUCGAGGUGGCGCCUUCGAGUAGCGAAGAAUCAAGUAAGGAAAUUCCAGAAAUAGUCAACACUAUUAUUGAGAAGCCAGACAAAUUCGAGGUGCCACUUGAGAAAAGUGAGUGGGAAAUGGCUGAAAAAGAAAUUCCAACUGCAGGCAAGCCAAAGGUACUUCAUUCGCCACAGCAGCCUCAGACUGAGAAACCCAUAGAAAAAAUUCAAGAAUCCAAGGGGGCUGUUAAAAGGGAGUUUGAGCUUAGCAAAGUGCCUCAAGAUUUAAGUUCUGAUAUUGAAGUUGAGGAUGCUUCAUCUUUUAUAGGCAUACCAGAACGUCAAGGCUCCACAAUAGAUGCUACUAAACCACCAGAGGGUCUCUUUGAUACAACAUUAAAGGAGACAUUAAACAAACAAGCUGUCAUUGCUCAUUACGGUAACGAUGUGCCUAGCGAAGCAGAUCGACGUGAUGAUCAUGGCUCCCUAGGAUUUGUUUCAACAGGCACAGCUGAAGACUUUAGUUCAAUGGAGGAGCGUUUGGCAAAGGAGGAGCAAGUCUCACUUGGCUUCAUAUCUACUGAAACAGCUGAAGACUUUAGCUCCAUGGAGGACUAUUACACAGAGAGGCUAGCCACAGCAUCUAUUGUCGCAGAGGGCAACGUUGCUGAUAAGUCGAUCAGCAGCACCUUUGAGGAAGCAGUUUCUGAUCACAGUAUUAAGCCAGUCGACUUAGUAGUACAUCGCAUAAAAACUGAUUCGUCGCCAGACUCCACCAACCGCUGGUCCAUUCCAGAUGUAGAUCACUCCAGCUCCAGUGACAGCUACCAUAAGAGUUUCGAUAAAACACAGAGUCGUCCACUAUCGUCAGAUGUAGAAAACUUGCUUACAGGUACCGGAACAUCAAGCGAGUAUCAAACUGCUCGUGAUUUCACACCUUCCACAUGUCGUGAUGGCACCGAGUAUGUGAGUGCAGUCAGUACUUUAGGUAGCAGCAGUGGAAAGUCGAUUAGCUCGCAUGAGAGCAUGCGCAGCCUGGACUCCCAGUCAGAAACUUCAGCCAAUCUGAUAAGCAUUGAUGUCUCUGAGCUAUCAGAGACUCUGGUAGCAUCUUCAACAGAAGCUGACGCCUUGGAGGCUGAAGAAAUGGCUCGCCUGCACGAGCUGCGAGCUGAUGACGACGAUAGUGAUGAGAGCCUUGAUAUGAUAGCCUCUGCCUAUCCCACAACUGAACAGCAAAGCGCGAUGAAGCGCUCUCAGGAAAUGAUAUUCAAGCCCAAGUCGGAGUCUGAAGUUAUGCCUCUGCAACAAACGUCAGAGACAGCACAGACUGAGGAGUAUCCCAAACCGAGAGAGAUCGAACGCACUUGGGGACUAGCUUAUCCAAUUGAAGAGAAAGAGGGAAAGAUGGAUAGCCCCCGUGAAAGCGAAAAAGGAGAAGAUAUACUGCUCUAUCACGGUGAUUCGAGGCGUUCAAUUGACGAGUCGAAGCUAGCUUCAAGCUUAGAUGAGGGAAGUAUCCUCUCUGUCAGCAUGUCGAGUACAUCAAAUAUUGAUACUGUUGUGGAAAACUUUGACGAUAUAAUCGGCUCUGCUGGCUCCUCGUCAUUGACAGGUAUUGAAGGUUUUCAGUAUGGCCAUGAGGAUCCAAUUCCAUCCGCAUCAGUACCCGAAGACACAUUUAUUAUGGAAAUGGAAAGUAAAGAAAGUUCGCCACAAGACUCGAAUGCCAGUACACCGCCUGGCAGUGAGUCGAAGAGGCGUGGUCACAAGCGCAACGAGAGUACAACAAUUUCGGGAGACGCGUUAAAGAAUUUAGACAAAGAUACACCAACACCAGGUGAAGGCAAGGAAUCGGAAAGUGAGUCUGAUACAGACCCCUACGAAUCCGAAUAUGCUCGUCAAUUCCGCUCUCCGAAAGAACGAAAGCAUAAGAAAAAAAAGCAAGCAGCUGCUGAGAUGGAUCACAGCUCAGAGCUUGAGAAACGUCCAUUCACACCCUCUCAGCUGGUAGCCGAAGUUAUUGUUGAGGAUGCGACAGAGGAGCUGGAAGCGGAAGCAGCCAUGAUAGAAGAGCGACGACCUUCGCAAAAUAUGCAAGACUACUCCAAUAUCCCUGACAUAAUGGUUACCGAGGAUGUAAAGUCACCGAUUUUGGAAGAAGACACCGAUGACUUUCCGGAGAAGACUUUGUAUAAAGUUCGCACUGAGGAGGAGCUAAACAAGGCAAGUGAUGCGGCCAUUUACCAAAAAGCUAGAGAGGAAGAAAAGGAGCUCGACUUCCAGAGGCGUGUGCAGGAACAAUAUAAGCAGAAGCUCGAAGAGCUCAAGCGAGCCGAAGUAGGUGCCGAUUACGAUGAUCAAAGAGCAGCUGAUUCGCCCGACUCCUUUGAAAUGGUUGAACAACCUGAUAUCUCAGAUGAGUUUGUCAUCAUUGAGGAGGUGGCCAAAGAGGCCAAUGAGGUUGAUCUGGGCGGAAAAAGCAUAAAGAUUAAGCCAACCAAAUAUGAGCAAAAGCAUGAUCAGGAUGUUGAAAAAAUUAUAAUCAAAUCAGCACCUGCCGAUCCCAAAUUGGGUUCCCAGCUGUACAAGGACGACCUCAACUUUGAGUUCGAAGAAAGUCCGCCAACUGGAGCCAGCAGCAGCAGCGAACAGCAGGAGGAAAGCGAUUCAAGCGAUACUGCAGCUGCUAAUAAGCGUUGGGUCGAGAUGCAGCUGACUGACACACAACUGCGCUAUCCCUAUGAUCUAGCGGGCGCUGUAUUGGAGGAUAUUAAGGAGGAAGAUGGCGAGUUUGAGGUGGGCAGCAGUCGCAUUAGCAGCUUCAAGGAUUCCUUCUCGAGUACACCAGAAUAUGAUUUGGCAGCACGUCGAUAUCAUUCGCGCGGUGAGCACGAUGAUGUGUCCAUGAGCAGCCUGCAAGAGUUCGAAUCCCUGGAGCAAGCCAUUUCGCUAGAGAACCGAAAUCGUGGCCACCAAGGCUCCACAGAUUCUAGUAAUGGUAGCUUUACACGCCGCUACAUGGUGAGACACAGUGGCAGUGGAACAGCGCCUGGCGAUGAUGUCUCAAUAUCUAGCCUCAAAGAUUUUGAGGGACUGGAAAAUGCAUGCAUUGAAGCUCAUUUAAUUGAGAUCAAAGCCAAGGAGGAGGCGGCAAUGCUCUCACGUUCAGACGAAUCCAACAAAUCAAACGGCAGCGACCAUGGUGCCUCUGGCAAUGUGGUGGUUACCAAGGUAACGCGCACUGUGACCCGCACUGAAGUGCUGCCAGCUGGCCAAGCGGAAAACCUUGAACUCUUGCUCAAGCAACAACUGGAGAGGGACGAAUUCGACUCGAAGGCAGUUAGUGGCACAGUCAAGAUAACCGAGCUGUCAACCACCGAGCUGGAACCGAAGUCAAAAAUUGACAGCCAGGAUUCAGAGAAGGACAGCAUCGAUAGCAUGGAGAUUCGAAGCCAUGACAUGAUGACCAGCAGCAUAGAGAGCUUCGAUAUCUCCAAAGAUGCGACCACACGCUCGGACAUUGACUCCUUGGAAAUAGAUAAGCGCCAUUCGCGACAGGAGAGUAUUGAAUCGUUUGGGGAUGAGCAACUGGAUCUUAUGUCCAAGCUGGUCACUGGUGGUGGUGUAACGUUAGGAGAUGGUUUAACCACCACCACAACAACCACAACCACCAGCACAGACGCCGAUGGCCAAGAACACACUGUCACACGUGUGAUAACCACCACAACGGUUACCAGCGGCGGAGGUGGAAGUGGCAUUCAUGAGUUGCCUCUGGAUGAGAGCGGCAUGUCCAAGGAUAUCUCCGUUGAUUCUCUAAACCUGUGCAUUGAACAAACUACCAGCUCAGCUGGUACAACGGCUACGUAUCAGACCAGCGCUGGAAACUCUCAGAUGUCGGGGAGCAUUACGAGCUGUGCAUCAAGUACGUUAAUGGAGGAUUCAUUCCCUGGCGUGGGUGGCAUGUCAUCAUCUCAAAUGUCGGCCAGUUUUUGGUCGCACGACGAGUCGACGGUGGUUGAGGAUGAAGAUCUAAGGACACAACCGCAACAACAGCAACAGCAGCAACAACACCAAUAAAGAUGAGAAGAAAAGAGUUAAUUAAUAAGGGGCUUAAACAAUGACUAAGAAUAUUUGGCUAGACAAGACGUUCAACUAAGGAUGGAAGUACAGAUUGAAUCCUAUAUCCUGACUAAGAAACACACUGAAUGGGACAGUACAUCACCAACUUUUUAUGUCACGGACUUUCAUAUUACUAAAAGCUUGAUGAUCAUAUUAUAAUAAAAACUAGCAAAUUCGUCAUUUUUUCAUCAGUAUAAACAUUUUAAAUGAAUAUGAAAUGCAUUCACAUGAGUUUUAAAUAAUAAAUAAAUAUAUAUACAUGCAUAGAUAUAUAUAUUUUAUAUAUUUAUAAAAACUAUAAAAAAUCGCAAAGUUGAAUAUGGAAGCGAAAGCUAAUACACAUUUUUCUAUAAUUGGCUUUAAUGUUUUAUAAUUACAUGUUUAUGAAAUCUUCAAAGAAACAAGAGUUAUCGAGCUAAACGCAUUGUAAUCGAAUGCAGAAUCCACAUUUGCUUUUAAUUUGAUGUAGUUAUAUCUAUUAUAUGUAUGUAUUAAAUGAGUCGCUUAUUAUUGUAGUUUAAUUUAAGCAAAAUAUACAAUUGCAAACGGAUGUAAAGAGCAAGUAGUGAAGGCCUGGGAAGUGAAAUGCUUUUAAAGUCUCAUUUUUUACAAGAACCAAGCAAAUUUUUACGCUUGCAUAUUUUAAUGAAAAAUAUACAUAAAUGCAUACAUUAUAUUAUUAUACAGUAACAAAACAAAACCAAACAGAAACUUGCAUAGAUAAAAUUUAAAUUACUUAUAUACAAGAUGAACACAGCCGAUGUAUGGUAAUUAUUCACAUAAAGACGCAAACAUACAACAGAGUCGUAUACUUAAUGCUAAUUUUCGUAAUGCACAUCUUUGCCGUGUAUUCAUAAUUAAUACUAAAUUAUUACAAGAUUACAAUGUCUUAGCAUCGCCAGUGUACUGGAUUAUACAUACAUAUAAUAAUAUUUGUGUUAAAAACAUACAACAAAUAGAAAAAAAA